GUAAAUAGUCACGUGUUAUAUCAACAACCCUUUCCUCAUGGAGAUCCAUGUGCAGUUUCAGGUAUUUAUUUGACCAAAAUAGUAAACAUUUUAAUCAUUUCUGUAGCUAUUUGUGCUUCACAUUUUAGUGUCGCCGGUUUGAGUUAACUUCGUUAAGCUAACUGUAUCCAGUUAAAGGCUGUUUGUAGAAAUGAAAGGGGGGAAAUGGAGGCAGAAGAACAAGAAAAAGAAAGGGAAUGCGGUCUUGCAGAAGUACAGGAGUGCGGUGGAUGAGUUUGUUCAAAGUAAAAGUGGUCAGGAAGAAGCAGACGGGGACCAGAGGCUGCGAUCCGUGAAAGCCAAAAGCAGAAAGGAGCUACGCAAAGAAAAGAGAAGGCUCAAAAAGGCCAAGAUGAAAAGUCAUUAUGAAGGGAAAAAGAGCGCCGGAUUUAACUCCGAUGUUGCUGAAAAGAUAGAAGUCAGUUCUGGGAACCAGCAGCAGGUUCAGAAGAAGAAAACGGAUAAAUCAAAAAAGGAAUUGACAAAAACCCGUUUAAAGAAGCCUGCGGAUGUCCCUACAGAGAAAUCAGACUCAUCUAGAUCUAAAUCCACCUCCAAGAAAGGCAAGAACAUGAACAAGCUUCAAGAAUCCAGAAAAAUGGCUCUGCUGGAGGCAAAUGAGCAAGAGGACAGGGAGAUAAAGAAGCUGGAGCGAUGCCUUGGAUUAAACAAAAGGAAAAACAAGAAAAGUCUCCCUCAGUCCUUUGUGAGUGAUGGACUAGAUUACAUCCUGGGAGUGCUCGACUCCGGCUCAUCGGGAGCAGGGAUGUACGAUGAGGAAUAUGAUGAAGAUGAGGACAUGGACACUGCUAAAGAGAACUUUGAAAGGCUGGAUGAGGAUGACUCUCCUGUGUCAGGUGAAGACGAGGAAGUUGAGGACGAGAUGGUGAGUGAGGGAAGUGAUGGUGCUGAAGAGGCAGAGAUAGGGAGUGAGGAAGAUGAAGAGGAAGAAGUAGAGGAGGAGGAGAUGGAUGAGGAUAAUGAUAUGAACGAAAGCGAUGGUGGUGCUGAAACCGAGGAAGAAUCUUUCCAUCCUGUCACAACAUCAGAAGCUGGCACUUCAAACACCGGCAAGUAUGUCCCCCCUCAGCUGCGAAAUACCGGAGAUGACAAACGCAAAGCUGAGCUGGAAAAGCUGAAAAGGAAGGUGAAAGGUCUGCUGAACAGGCUGAGUGAGCCCAACAUGGCUUUUAUCUGCGGUCAGCUGGAGGAGCUGUACAUGAGCUGCAGCAGGAAGGACAUGAACGACACCCUGACGGACGUGUUGCUUGCAGCCUGUGUCACUCCAACCCUGAUGCCCGACAGACUGCUGAUGGAGCAUGUGCUUCUUGUCAGCGUCCUUCAUCAUGCCGUGGGGCUGGAGGUAGGAGCCCAUUUUCUCGAGACAGUUGUGCGCAGGUUUGAUGAGGUCUACAACAUCUCCACCGAGAGCAAAGAGUGCGACAACCUCAUCGCCAUCGUCGCUCACCUCUAUAACUUCCAGGUGGUGCAUUCUGUCCUCAUAUUUGACAUUCUGAAACUACUAGUGGGAACGUUCAUGGAGAAGGACAUCGAGUUAGUUCUGUUUGUACUGAGAAACGUCGGCUUUGCCCUGAGGAAGGACGAUGCUCUCGGUCUCAAGGAGCUCAUCUCUGAAGCUCAGCGUAAGGCCAAUGACAUGGGAACAAAGUUCAAGGAUCAAACCAGGGUGCGAUUCAUGCUGGAAACCAUGUUGGCUUUAAAGAACAACGAUAUGAGGAAGAUCCCGGGCUAUGAUCCAGAGCCCGUGGAGAGACUGAGGAAGCUGCAGAGGACUCUGAUCCACAGCAUUGCUGGAGGCAGUGAUCUGAAACUGAGGGUGUCUCUGGAAAACAUCCUGAAAGCAGAGCAGGUGGGCCGCUGGUGGAUCGUCGGCUCGUCGUGGAGCGGAGCGCCCAUGAUCAGCAAACAAGAUGAGACAACCGCUAAGCAGAGCGAUGCCCAAGGGCAGUUCAGCCAUAAAGUGUUGGAGCUGGCCAGGAAACAGAGGAUGAACACUGAAGUCAGGAGAAACAUUUUCUGUGUCCUCAUGACCAGUGAGGACUACCUGGAUGCUUUUGAGAAACUGCUGAGGAUGGGUCUGAAGGACAAGCAGGAGAGAGAGAUUGUCCAUGUUCUGGUGGACUGCUGUCUGCAGGAGAAAUCGUUCAACGCAUUUUACGCAGUUCUCGGAGAAAAAUUCUGCUCCCAAGAUCGACGCUUCCAGAUGACGUUCCAGUUCUGCUUAUGGGACAAAUUCAAAGAGCUGUCUAACCUUCCCAGCGGUGCAUUUACCAAUCUGGUCCAAUUGCUGACUCGCUUUCUUCAGAGGAAAUGCCUCUCACUCUCCAUCCUUAAAGUGAUAGAGUUUGGGGAGUUAGAUAAGCCCACGGUGCGCUUGUUACGUCAGGUGCUGACGAAACUGCUCAAAGAAACUGAGCCGGAGGAGAUAGCCAGCAUAUUUGGGAGGAUUUCAGGAAUUCCUAAGCUAGGGAUGCUUCGGGAGGGCUUGAAGCUCUUCAUCAGCCACUUCCUCCUGAAGAACUCCCAGCCUCACGGACCCACCGAGCAUGCCACAUUACUGCAGGAGCGUGCUCAGGUCGCCACCAAAGCCAUGGAGACCAAAGACGCCAAGCUCAAACUGUAAAUCAGACCCGUGUAUGCUGUGAUUGUGAUCGCAAGCUUGUUAGCCAGAGAUAAAUCCUCAAGGAAAGACCUAAAAACACAGUAAAAUCUUAGUGUGGUUUUGAAGUGUAGGGCUGAGAUCCUCGUCUGGAGUUCUGCUGCAACAAACUAAAACAUAUUGCAUACUUUGAUAAGAACAAAAAAUGUUAGGUUUUUACCUGUAACAUAAAUGAUCAGUUUAUCUUUGUAUAUUUGUUCAUAAAAUGGAAAAUCUUGUUUAAUUUAAUUCUGUCUUGUCUUCAUAUUUACCCUUUUGUAGACUUUUCCACUUUGCUGUGCUUUUUAACUUCCACAAUGAGGGGUUUCGGCGCUACUCAUUUGGUGUUUACACGCCCUGACAAUAUGACCCGGGGACGAUGAAUAUGGCCUGUCCUGUUUGCCUGCUGACACAUGGUUUGCAUAGCAGAGUCAUUCUGUUACAUUUGAUACUUGCUCCUAUAAAUUAGCUUUGUCAAUGCCAGUAUUAUUCUAAAGCCGGAGGGCGGGCAGUCAGUGGGGUCAGGAACUGGCCACCAGGGUCAACCAGAUCAAAUGUUUGUCUGUAGUUCAUAAAAUGGGCUGCUGCUGAUGGGAAGUCAGAGUUUUUCCCAAUUAAAGCCACACAUGAUGAUGAUGGCUAUGAGGUUAAAAAAAUAUUAACAGCAAAAGUAUUCACAUCCCUUGAACCUCUUCACAAUUUGUCAUAUUACAACCACAGCCAUCAAAAGUUUUUAUUGUGAUUUUGCAUUAUGUUGGAAGGAAAAUAUUUGAUGACUUUGAAAAUUCUUCACAAAUAAAGUUCUAAAAAGUGAACCGUG